AUGUUCCAAAUUAAUAAUGAAAAAUUCAAAUUAUUUUCAGUCAUAGAGUAAUAAACAUAUGUUUACUUCGAGUUUUCAAUAUUAAUGUUUGAUCUAUUAAUAUUUAUAUUAGUUGAACUAAUGAAAUAUAUACCUAUCUGAGCUUACGUGUAUAAAUAUUUUAUGAUAUAUUAGAAAAUCGGAAUUAAAAAACUAAACUAGUAGUUCAAAAAUAAAUAGUUCUUAUGUUCCACACAAUGUCAAUCGUGAAUAUUGUCAACAACACAGCUGUAUUAUUGUUAAAGGGAGAAGUGGGGAUUUGCAAAUUUUGCAAAGUAAACAAUUGGGAUAUUACCGGCUUCAAUUUGAAAAUUGAUGAUUAGACAAAACAAUUGUCCAACAGUACAUGUGAUUGUUUGUUGAGGCCGAUAAUGCUUUCUUAUAAUUCAGUUAUAGAUGCUACACAUGUAUGAGUCACUGAAAAAUCGAUAUUUAACAUUGUACUUGUGUGGUGAAAUUCGUAGUGUUAUCAAUUUUAGUAGCAACAAAAAUGCUACCCGAACCUGAAGAAUAUUCUACAUAUUUUCAUGAAACUUAUAGGGAUCAUCCAGAUAUUGUAAAGAAACGUUUAGAAUGGAAGAAACCAAAGAAGAAGUCGAAGUCUCGAUCGAAACAAAAGAAUCGUAUCGAGAUGCUCUGUGAGGAUGUUCAACUUCCGCCAGAAAUCGAAUUACCUAGCAACGCUUCUGCAUUUGCUGUAUUUGCAUCUAUACGUCUUGCCGUACUGGACAGAUGGAUGAAGCAAGCCAGCCAAGAUUAUCUGCAGAGUAGCUGCAGCGCCCCUCUGCAAGAUCAAAGUGAAAUCGAGAGCGAUACUGAAGAAAAUAGUCACAGCUGCACCUAUGUGCCUCUGAAAGUAUCCAAGGUCGUUGGACUUGGACUGAGAUCAGUGUUUGAAAUCAUAAAGGAGAGUAGGAUAAGUCAUCCUAUAUUGUGUACCAAAGCUUUAUCUGCUUUACUUGAUGUUUUGCAAGGCCAAAGCCCAGAAGACUUGAAGUCGGAGCCAAUGGAUAUAAUUGAUCCUUUAUUCGACUUACUAUUAGAUUUGGCAACUCUACAUGGACCAGAAAGCUCAGUUGCAAAUGACGGUACUCAUUUGACAGCUAUCGCCUGUGCUUGCUUAUUAUCACUGGUUGUUGUAAGAGGAGAUACCGGCAAAUAUUUAUCAGCCACUGCUGCUCUCCUCAUGUGCCCAAGAGCACUUUCUCUUCAGAAUAUACAGAUGCCUUUGGUACUUUCUUCUCUGCAACGAAGCGUACAUGGUGUUUUGUUGGGAAAAAUACAAAGGCCGGACUGGAUAACACAUGGCAUACCCACUUCGUCUAAAAUCGAUUGUUGCCGUCUGCAGGCCAUUCACGAAAUUCAAUAUUUGAAUUUGAUACCUAAAUCCUUAGCUAUGGAUGGGAUGUAUCUGUACUUAUUCACUUCCAAAGGACUUUUCAAGAUUGGGAGCGGCUACGGUGGUACUGUGAAAGGCCAUAUUUACUUUUGGAAACCUGAUUUCUACCCCUCUGACAAUGGCACAUUGAUAUACUGCGCGGGAAAACUGUAUUUAAAACUAUCUGGAAGGAGAGGUGUGGAGUUUUUGACUGUCGAAAGAGAAGACCUUCUAAUAUCCGGUUCUGUUCCGCUCCACAGUAGAGACGCUGCUUCCGCUGUGGUUUUUUCAGAUGGUGAAUACUUGGGAACAAUAACGCCCUCAAAAGAUGAUGGGUUUGUGAUACGGAUGCUGAACCAGAACGUUGUUCCUGCUGCAGUUAUAAAUGAAUUACCCUUGAAACUAGCAAGGAAAUGUGUGGAUGUGUUGGGCUCUGCCACAUUCGAAGAUGAAGGAUUGUCCCAUACUGUUAACACAGGGACUGACGAUGAAAUAGCUACUAUUUGUGCUGGCAAAGAGUUCGGUCUUAUAAGGACAGUGUCAGGGAAGGUACUUUUUUGUGGCAAAGCUGGAGCUCUGGGUAUAAAACAAUCAGGAAUGAGAAGCAGCAAAUGGGCAGAGCUUGUAGUAACAAAAACACCAAAAAUAACCCACAUAUCAGUAGGUCACGAUGGGCUUCAUGCUAUACUCGUAACAGAGGAUGGUUCUGCAUUUUUUACAGGUACUGCAAGAAGAGGUGAAGAUGGAGAUCAGAGCAAAGUGAGGCGACAGCCGAAAUCUAUAAAACCAAAGAAAAUUAUAAAGGUGGAUAGCCAUUUUAUAGUAUAUUCUGCAUGUAACAAUGGCACAACUGCUCUAGUAAAUAGGGAUGGAGAACUUUUGAUGUUUGGAAAAGAUACUGCACAUGCUGAUCCAUCUACAGGUAUCGUCUACAACCUGAAAGGAGAAUUCAUAGCUCAAGUAGCGUUGGGAAAAGCACAUGCUGUAGCUCUCACUAGUAAGGGUCAAGUUUUCACAUUUGGAAUUAAUAAUAAAUACCAAUGUGGAAGAGAGUUUGUUCCUAUAUACAGAGAAGGAUGCUCUUCAAAUAUCGUUGACAUGGAAACUGGUGGUGCCCAUGAUGAUCAGGACAUUUAUGAGGAAGGCGACGAGAAUAGAAAAGAUGCCGAAAACAUUGCUGGGAGAUCUGAUGGAAAUAAUAUGGAAUCACAAAUGAACAUGUGUCCCCCUGGAACGCAUGCCUGGCACGAUGAUAGAUGCAUGAUUUGUACUAUUUGCAAGGAAUGCACUGGCUAUUCUAUUAGUUGUCUAUCGUCAAUUUCCGAAAGAUGUCCUGGACAGGAAUGUGGUUGUGGUGAAGGAGAUAGCGGUUGCAGCAUAUGUGGUUGUUGUCGGAUAUGCGCAAGGGAGGUGGUUGAUAACUCAGAAUUGGCUGAUUUGGCAGGAAUGAUGCAUUUGGAUAUCAUUUUCAGAGAUAAAGUAGUGAUUCCACCUCGUCAAAGAAGUAAACUUCAGGAACAGAUCCAAACUCGUCUAGAAGAGAGAAAAAUCAAGGGACGAAAAUCGACAGCAGGACCAAGCAAACAGAAUUCGAAAAACAAGAUUAUCAGGCAAUCUCCUGUAGUAGCUCCGGUUAAUAGAGCUAACAAUAUAAUACGUCAAUCUAAUUUGGGCGGUUCUAAUUCAAGUAAAGAUCAAGUCAAUUCAGAUGUUGAAAGGGAUGCCACGAGAAUUGCUUGUUUGCCUCCUGCUAAAAUUCAACUACCUUGUAAUAGUCCAGUUGUUCAAAUUGCUUGUGGGCAACAUCAUAGUAUUUUGCUUUGUCAGAAUGGUCAGGUUUACAGUUUUGGGUCGAACAUCUAUGGUCAACUUGGUUGUGGAGAUAUCCUGGCAAAAAAUAGUAUCCAGUUGGUAAAGUUACCCUGCAGUGCUGUUUAUAUUGCAGCAGGCAAUAAUCAUAGUGUUGUUCUCACUUCGAAAGGAGAAAUAUACACGUUUGGUAACCAUCAAAAAGGACAAUUAGGUAGAUCUCCGGUCAUUUCUCCUCAAGAUUCCCAACCUGGACAGAGCAGUAGUUCUAGAUAUAUGUCACCUAGAACGCCGUGGUAUUCUAUUCCUACUCCAGUGCCGGAUAUUGGUCCUAGACAUGGAAGGCGUGCUACAUGGGUUGGCGCCUCGGGCGACCAAACAUUUGUUAAGAUUGAUGAAAGCUUGAUCAAUGCUUUGAGUAUUUCGAAGUCAACAAUCACAGCCAAUAAAAAUUCUUUGGUUCUGAUUCCAAACCACGAGGACACAGCUAAGUCAUUCUCAUGUCUGGUCAUCAGCAAACGAGAUGGAAAUUGUAACUCAUUCAAAGGAAAAGACCAAAUGAGUUUCUGUGGCAAAACAAUAUGUCUUGACCCCAUAUACAACGUUCUAUGGUCGUACGAUGCUAAAAACCUCGAAAUUGAGUGUUUCAACAUAAUAUCCUCGGAGUUGAACCCAAAGAAUAUGACCAAAUUGGAUAACAAACCACUCUCCAAUCAUCGUCUUGACAAUUCAAGGGAUAAAAAUUUCAACAUAACUUCCAUCCUAUCACCAGAGCUAUCUCUGCCAUUGAUGACAAAUUGCUUCGUUACUAGAUUCCAAGCAGCUCUUAAUUUGUUGUGUACAUUGGACACUUUAACGGUUGCACACGACCUGCAAAUGGCGGCUGUAAAAGAAGAAACAGAUGAGAGGCAGCUGGUUUCCGGUAAACUGUAUUCGAAGGAGGAUUAUCAGGUGGUCAAUAGAUUCGAGGGACAUGGUGGGGGAUGGGGUUACUCAGGACACAGUAUCGAAGCAAUAAGAUUUAUGGCUGAUGCAGAUAUACUGUUGGGAGGAUUCGGCCUGUUUGGUGGAAGAGGAGAAUAUACUGCCAAACUGAAACUUCUUGAUAUUGGCCCCGAUGGUGGUGAACAAGAAGGUGAUGGAGAGUUGCUUGCUGAAACAGAAGAGAUACCUUAUGAGUGUGGACCAAGGCAAAAAUGUUCUAUGCUAUUUGAUGAACCAGUUCAGUUGCAGGCCCAUCGCUGGUACGUUUCUUGGUGCCGAAUCAGUGGACCUAGCAGCGAUUGCGGAUCAACAGGUCAGGCCAUGGUCACCUCCGAAGACCAGGUUCUGUUUUAUUUCAAAUCGUCGAAAAAAUCCAAUAAUGGAACCGACGUCAAUGCUGGACAAAUACCACAAUUACUGUACAAGGUCAUCACCCCCGAGAGCCAAGCUCCUCCUAGACAAUACGAGAUAUCCGAAACGGUCCAUAUUCUGUCCAAAGACUUUUCGAGAACCGUUACCAAAGAGUGUUUCCAGAGCCUACUGUCUCUUCUGCAAUGGUCGUGGAACACCUUCAAGUGGGGCGUUGCCGAGGGUCAGAACAUCAAGGACACGUACACGUAUUUGGAACUGGAACGUCUGGUAUACAUCAGCAAGGCUUGUCUCAGACUGAUCAGAACCUAUACCAAUGAGAUCUACCCUAGCCAGAUCAACAAGAAGAUAUUGUUGGAGAACGUACAUCUUGCAGAGAGUAUAGGUGAUGUGAGAAGUUUGCUCAAACAAAUCUUGUCGGACAGCUUGCCGGUGACAUUCCAAACGAAAAAGUUGUCGAAACGUAGUACUACUAAUAUGGAUUUGACCAUUGAGAUCCUUGAAGAAUGUCACCAGACUUUCGUGCAAUGUUUUCACGCUUUUUACCCAACUGCUUACUUGAAAUGGUCGUGUUUGUGUGAUUUACUGACUGAAAUAAAUAAGGAAGGAAUGCUUCAAUCUUCUAAUAAUCAGAGGCUAUUGAGCGCAGUUCUAUGCGCUCUCUGUGCUCCCAAUGUCAGAUUGAGGAGUACAUUCCCCCUGUUGAACUUGAAUGCGAGUUCCGAUGCUUCGAUCCAUAGAAAUUUAAGCCCUUCUGACAACACCGGACAUCCUAUGAUGAGCUGCUCAGAUAUACAUCAUUAUCCGAUAUUGGUGGAGCAAAUGAGUUAUAAAAGUCAGAUGGAAUCACUAUGUCUCGAAUCUUGCCUCUGGGAUGAAGUACUUGAACGCCUGUUACAUCUAGUUGCAAACCCUGUCGUUGAGAGCCUUAACCAGAGUAAGGUAACACCUCUUCCAAACCUGACACGACAUUGUUGCCAUCUUUUGGGUCGCGUUGUAGCCGAACUGGUACAUCAAUGCAGUGCUACGGAGGAAGAACUUCAAACUGGAUGUGGAAGAAUAUUACACAUCACACCCUCAAGAUUCACCAGAACCAAUCAAUCUCGAACAUGGAAUACCGGAAAUGGAUCUCCGGAUGCGAUUUGUUUCCAAGUAGAUCAUCCAGGAAUAUCCAUAGCAGGAGUUGGUGUGUAUGGGGGCAUUGGACAUUAUGAUUAUGAGGUCGAACUCCUAGAAGAUCAGAGUAGCUCCAUUGGAGGAUCAGACAGCCAUACGCACACUCAAAGAUGGAACAGUUUGGAGGUAACAAGAGGCUCUUUCGGUCCAGAAGACUUCGCUCCUGAUAUAAUAGAAAUUAAGUUCGAUAGAGCAGUGUCCAUCAAAGAAAAUACCAAAUAUGCCAUUAGGCUGAGAAACCACGGUGGAAGAACGAACAAUGGCGACGGUGGUUUGAGUUCUGUCAAAGGUUCCGACGGUACCAACUUUAUUUUCUCCACUUGCGCUUUGAGUUUCAAUGGAACAACUUUGACAAGGGGACAAAUACCUGUUCUUUUGUAUUAUAGUAAUCCAAUGGAAUAUGGAAAAACGUCCACUACAAAGUUAGAACAACAAGCAAGAAAAGCUGCCCUCUCUAUGACCAGUGCUAUAUUCAAAAAGGCGUCAGAUUUGAUGACAUUGGCAAGAAGCAAAGCCGAAGAAGUUCCAUCUGCUGAGCUGCUUAGCACAUCCUGCAUGGUGACAACUCUUCUUCCUUUGAUCGCAGCUCAUAUUAGUCCUUUGGUAACUAGCGAUCCUAGGAGUGCAGUAUACAUUUUGGGCCUUAUCUAUGAUCUACUACCACAUGUUGCAGCUCUUAAUCUUAUAGGAGGCUCUACACCUUCCACAGCUAAAUCGGUGUCAAUGUCAAAUAAUCCAGAUGGCUUCGACUAUCGCAUCAACACUUCUAGUCCUCAUUACACCUGGGUGGAAAGUGAUCAUCCCUACAAGCCAGCUACGGUCUCGAAUUAUAGAGUGAAAUUUCCAGAAUCUGUCAAAUGGCUUUCUUUAGAAUUCGACCCGUCUUGCUCUACUGUACAACCUGAAGAUACUCUUCAGUUGUAUGUUCCAGCUAUUGGGAACCGUGUAAACAAAUAUGUUGAUACGAAUUCGAUAGAUAUCGAAGAUGGUACUCCUCCACCACCUCCCUAUUGGCCGGUUCUUCAUAAGUUCAACGGAUGUUCACAAUGGCCUUGUCAUGCUGUCAUUUUACCUGGAAAUGAAGUAAUAUUUUCGUUGGAAACAGCGUCAGACUACUUGAAAGACGAGAAAGCCAGCGCUUAUGGUUUUAAAUGUCUUGUGAUUGGUUACGAGUGGCCUUUACCAGGACUGAACGCUCCUUUGGCUGGACUUAAGCAUCUGGAAUCAGAGUUGGCCUUUUUGGGUGGAAUGUGCGCCGCCAGCUUGAUGAAGAAGGACCUCUUACUACCAACAUUCGGAGAUGAAGCAGACGUGGACAUGGAAACAGCAGAAAUGGUUGCAUCAGUUACUUUUGCGAUGCAUGCUCAACUUUUAUCGAAAGGUUUGGCGCUCAACAGUCCACCUACCGUCAGUCAAGCUCUAGAUGGUAAUCUGCCCUACAGUGUCAACUCCAACGAGCGUCUGUUCCUCCGUGAUUUCGUGAGUUGUGUGGCUGGAACCAGUGGCGGCCGUUUCGCCCAAUGGCUGCAACCAGGAAGUCGUGUGGACCCCUCGAAGUGUCAAGUGCUCUACUCCAGGGACGAGUUAAGAUGCGGCUGGCCAACCAUGAUUACCGUCAUCACAAGAGAUCAAUAUUCGGACAUCGUUCAUGUGCCAAAUAUGAAGGUGGACAUAAAAGCAAUUCCGAUCGACAAGAACGAACUAGGAGAAGGAGAUGCAGGAAGAAAGGUGAGAAGAUUAAGUCAGCCGGACGCAAUGACGUUCGGUGGCCUUCCUGCGCCACCUCUGCAAUAUCCCUACGAACCUACUGUUAGGGACAAAAUGUACUUUCAUUCUAUCACGGUCAUGAAGCCAUACCAAAAUUACUCAUUCGAAGAGCUCAGGUUCGUAUCUCCCCCUGUGAAGAGAUCCAGUGAAAGCAUGCUCGUAAGGCCAAAUUUAGAUGGUACUUACAGCGCCAACUGGACACCAGCUACCAUUGGCUGCUACUCUAUCGUUGUUAACAUCGAUGGCUAUGAUAUGGAAGAGGCUUUCAAGGUGGAAGUGAAAGAACCUCCGCAAGGUUUGACUCCACCCUCCCAAAAUACAACGAAGAAGAGCAACUACCAACCGAACAAACUGAGAAAGUUCAUCGCCAAGAAUUCAGCAGGACUGAGGAUAAGGGCACAUCCGUCCUUACAAAGUGAACAAAUUGGUGUGGUCCAAGUGAAUGGAACUAUAGCAUUUAUCGAUGAGAUUCAUAAUGACGAUGGAGUCUGGCUAAGGCUCUCCAUGGAUACCAUAAAGCAGUACUGCUACGCUGGGAUCAUCGAAGCUUGGUGCUUGCAAUACAACCAACAUCUUGGUAAAACGCUACUGCUACCGGUGGAGGAACCGAAAACUAUUCUGGACCAAGUGAUAAGCGAAACUAUCAGAAAGAAAUUACCAGAAAUUCACGACAGGAGGAAGAUACCCACGAGUGCAUCGGGAGAUUUUAUAGUUAUCAAAUGUGGAGCUUCCGGUCACAAUGUCCGGAGUAAACCUAACCUAAAAGCGCCAAGGGUUGGUAUGUUGGUCCUUGGAAACAGAGUCGGAGUUUCGGAGUAUAUUGUGAACUCUGAUGGGUGUUGGGUGCUAUUGGAUCAGCACACCAAAGACAAAUAUUGUUUUAACACGGACGAGGAAGCUUGGUCUCUGGCAAUGGGUCAUAACAACACACUGUAUUUAGGAGCAAUUACCGAUAACAAACCAAACUCGCGUUCAGAUGAAUCCACGAAGAAGGGCUUCGACUUCACACAGAUGGUGGGUCCGAUGUCAUCAGAUCCACAUUUCUUGUUCGCGACACCCCUGAAGCAAAACAAUUGCAAUAGAAUGGCAGCAGAGAGGGCAUCGACUAAUCCAUUCAUAUUCGGCGAGUGCUCAAACGAAAUGUCACCUCAGGUUCCUAAGAGGGAAAGGAAAGAUGUCAAGAUUAGCGUUUUGCCGAAAUGGUUUAAGGGAGAAGACGAUAAGAAUGACUUCCCAGAUGGUCAAAACUUCACACCAAAAGAAUUUGCGAAGCCCUCUGCAGAAAGAGGAGCUAACGGCAAUGGUACACCUCCAGACACACCAAAAAGAUCGAAUAGUCCCAGUAGAGGUCUUUUUUCUCCUAAAAUUCUGAGCAGGAGUUCUAGUCCUGUUGCAGUUCCAGCUCGUGGUAAUGUUUUAGUAGAUAGCGCAGCUAGCAGCAAUCAAGUUUUCGGUUCUCCGAAAAGCAUAGGAUUAUCGCCGCUAGUUUCCAGCGGCUUUCCAGACCAGCAGACGAGAAGAGAUUCGACUCAAUCUGACACCAGCGCUUUCGUGAGCAGUUUAACAAGAGACAGCCAAUCGCCAAGUCAAGCAACUCCUUACAAAGAUCUCACAUCUAGUCCAAGUGGCAGCUCGAUACAGACGAAGUCUGAUAAUAGCCCUCCCUCGACACCUUGCAAAAAAGAUGAAUACUUUGACGUAGAAAGCAGUUCGAAAAAGUUGACGCAAACUGGCACUCAGACAUCACCACCAGAAAACCCCACCAACGUGUCGAUGAAAGGCCAUUUUUCUAUCGGAUCUAACAGUAGAGAGGAGAAGUUGAGUCCCAAGCUGGCAAGGAAAGACAGAGGUUUAGGAAAGUCAAGACCGAAGAGGACCAUCUCGCCAUCUAGUGCACAGCCUGUGAACUCGAAAGCGCCCAUGGCUGGAUCGGAGCAAGCUAAAAUUGCCAUGAGCCCAUCAAUGGCCGAGGCCUUGCGAGCAGUAUUUGCGGCUUUUCUUUGGCAUGAAGGAAUCGUUCACGAUGCCAUGGCAUGCGCUUCCUUCCUCAAAUUUCAUCCCACCCUACCGAAGCAGGGUGCGUUAGUAAUCACGAGAAACUUGGAACCUCCAGUGGACAAGAGAAGACAGGAGUUAACCAAAGAAGAACGCGCAAGACAGAGACACUCGGUCGAAGUGACAACGAAUGCAGGGAGUUACCUCCACAUCAAACCAGCUACAUUGGAAUCGUUGACGAGAUCUGCAGCAAAUGCAAACGCCAACAGGAAUAGAUCUAAAAGAGUUCCUAAUCCAGCACUCCAAGAGGAAGCUGCUACGGCCAAGGGAUCUCAAAGUGAUAGAUCAGGGUAUCCACUACACACAGUGUCUGUACUUCCCCCAGCUCUAAAAUCUCUAGUUUAUUUAUGGGAAGAAUUGUCUACAAGUUGCUUCCAAGCUAUCUCCCAGCAAAUGAUUCUUCAGAGUCCGAUUCACAAUAAUAUUAGGAGAAACAACACGAAAAAUGAUUUUAGGGAUAACUCUACCAUUGAAAGAGAUAGUAGGAGAAAUCGUAAGAAGAAGGCGACAUCAAGAAACUAUCUUGGUAAUUAUAUAGAAGACAUCGGGCUACCUACCCACGGUGCAUCAGAUGAAUCUGAUACCAUUUGUGAGCUCUGCGGCGAAAAUUAUUCAUAUCCAGUGACAUUCCACAUGCACCAAGCUCAUCCAGGAUGUGGCCAACAUUCUGGUGGAAAAGGUUACAACUCAAGAGGUAACUACUGCCUCGGUUGGGCGGGAAGUUGUGGUGAUGGUGGUAUUCCUGGCAGUUCAUGGUAUUUAAUGUGCGAAUACUGCCGAGAAAAAUACGUGAUAGCCUUCAGAAGCGCCAAACAGUUCACCAACAGGAUCAAAAAUCUUCAGAGGAGAGUCUACAGUAAACCCGCAGUAUCGCCAACAGUAUCACCCAAUUUUGAGCCUCACAUAAUCAUGAGGAACAAUGCAAUGUUCUUGUUGGACUUGGCCAGCUCUGCUGAUUCGAAUAUGGCUCCGCAGAGAAGGUCUUCUAUGGGAUACAUGCCUUCGUUAUCUGAAAAUAAUUCCCCACCUGAUUGUUCUGGCCCUUUUAGCCCAAUACCACCUUUUCAAUGUCUUCAGUCUUUAGGUGCUAGUUUGGUUAAGGAUGAAACCAAUAUUUAUGAAGUGAUGUUUCGGGAACAUAAUAUGCAAGAUGGAUUUGGCUUCGGUGGAUCUCAAAGACCCAUAUCUGAAAUAUCUGUGUCCGAUGAUGCUGACAGCUCCAAAGGUUCAAGAUUCCAUCGAUCCAUAUCUAUGGGAACAAACGGCAUACCUUGGGUUAAAUCAGGCUUAGACGGUCGUAUUGUUAUGACUAGACGAAGAAACAAUAGUAGUAGUGAAUCUGCAAUAGAAGGUGGGUCUUCUCUUUUGUGCAAUCCCUCUAGUGCAUUACAACAGCUCAUACCAAAAAUUGAUCAUUCCUCCACUGUUGUAAAAGAAGAAAUGAAUGGAGCAGAUGUGGAAGGAGGCUUAAUUUUGUUACAACGACCAGUAAUGCAGUUUUUACUACAGCAUCAUGACCUGCAAUCACUCAAGUUAUCUAUGAGCCAAGCGUUGAGGAAAGCUAUGUGUCGAGUAUACUCUAUGCAAGCCCUCAACUGGUUAUUGAAAUCUGUAACCCAACCGUUAUGUCUUCAUGACUUGUUAUGGUGGUUUGUUACUUCACUCACACCUACAGAUAUCGAAAUGGACUCUGAGGAUGACAAUAGACAAUCAAAAAAACUUGACGAACAGGAUUGCAAUGUCUGUGAGCAUCCACUCUCUGAUAUUGUAAUAGCCGGUGAUGCUGUCCAUCCAUUACCUAGUACUUUCCAUGCCCUACUGCAAACUAUUGCAGAUCUUAUGGUACUCUUACCUAUGGGAUCUCCGAUUCAACAAAUGGCUGUGAGAUGUUGGGGUUUACGCUUUGCUACUAGUGAUCAUUCAUUCCUACACAGAUCCCAGGUAUUCAGUAACAUAAGCAAGAUAUUAUCACGAAGUGAAGAAUUAGAAGACUGCACUCUCUCAAUGCAUGAUAGUCAUCACAGCUCAGCAUAUCAGCUUAUGUGUGCUAUUGAAUCACUGAAGGAUCUUACCUUUGCCGUUGAGAUAAAGUCUUCAAGUCGACAAGCUAUGGUAGGAAGUCUAACCGAUGGUUCCACAGAAACAUUCUGGGAAUCUGGAGAUGAAGACAGAAAUAAAACAAAGAGUUUGAUUAUGGUCUCUCCUCAAGGACAUCAUCCAGCUCUGAUAUGUGUCCAUGUCGAUAACUGUCGAGAUUUAGCGAACAAAGUUUCUAAUAUUACCUUCUACUCUGGGCCAAAUAGUGAUGAACUAGUAAAGUUAGGAAAUGUAGAAUUGGAGACAAGACUUCUAGGUGGAUGGGUGAAUUGCCCAAUUCCAGAAAAUAGUGACAACGUUAUCAAAAUUGAACUCAAAGGCCCAGACAAUUCUGUUCGUGUCAGACAAAUAAGAGUUUUGGGAAAGGUUGAUUCUGAAUCCUUAAGGGUUGGCAAACAAUUGAAUUCCUACACAAUACAGCAGAAGAAUUGUGAAGCAGAAACCCUAAGAGUUUUCCGACUUAUUACGUCCCAAGUUUUCGGGAAAUUGAUCCAAGGUGAAGAAGGACAGAAUAAAAACAUAGAAAAUGCAGGGGGAUCUGGUAGCGAAAGCUUGGAGCCUUUAGAAGAGAGUAACGAUCUGAGAGAACAUAUGGUAGGAAUCCUGUUCAGUAGGAGCAAGCUUACACAUCUGCAGAAACAAGUGAUUGUUCAUAUAGUGCAAGCGAUCCGCAAAGAAACGAUGAGGGUUAGAGAUGAAUGGGAGUUGUCAAUAUGUUCAUCUGGUGGAUUGAGUACUAGCGGUCAAAGUCAAGAUAUUAUGAAAAAUUCCGAUACUUACUGCUUUGAGAUGCUUUCCAUGGUUUUGGCUUUAUCUGGCAGCUCUGUAGGCAGAGCUUAUCUUUCACAUCAGGGUGGCCUUUUGGGAGACCUUUUGAGUCUUCUUCAUACAGGCAGCGCAAGAGUACAGCGACAAGUUACAUCCUUACUUAGAAGAAUGCUUCCCGAAAUCACACCUGAUACUUUGGCCAAAGUGAUGGGAGUUUCCAGUUUACCACCAAAAGAUUUCAAUGUUGUUUUAGUGAAUAACAAAGCUCUUGGAUCAACUGAGUUCGAUAUACACAGGGCUGGAAUACUGGAUGUUUUCCUUAGUGUGAUUGCCAAAUCUUUAACUGUUCAAGUAAAACUGAAAGGCAAAUCAGGAUGUGGGAAUGCCGUUAAAGAAAUAAAUACUGUUACUUUAGCUACAUCUGUGCAUCCCAAAGAAAAUCUAGAAAGUCGAUGGUGGCUCAAAGGUUUUAUUAAUAGAAAGCUGGCUGAAGUUUUAGUAAAUCUAAUAAAAGAUAUGGCAGCUGGAAAACUCUCAGAGACUUGGGCCAGAAUUGCAAAAGGUGCCAUAGCUGAAAAUAUCUUGAACUUGACUCAUCUCAGCGAUGAGCAAAGAACUCCUGGCAUAUGUUUAAAAACACCAACACUUUGGUUAGCCUUAGCUUCCCUUUGUGUACUCGACAAAGACCAUGUUGAAAGACUAUCUUCAGGACAAUGGACAAAUCCUGAAGGCCAACCAGCUCCACCAAGGCCAACUUGUACAAAUCACGAUGAUGGAGAAACCAAUGCCGUAGUUCAAUGUAGCACCUGCGGAAAUUUAUGUGCCGAUUGUGAUAGAAUCCUUCAUCUUCAUCGUAAAACUAGACAUCAUCAACGUCAGGUCUGCAAAGAGGAAGAGGAGGCUAUAAAAGUGGAAUUACAUGAAGGUUGUGGUCGUAUCAAACUUUUCUGGUUAUUGGCCCUCGCAGACGCCAGAACACUCAAGGCAUUGAUCGAAUACAGAGAAGGUGGUACUAGAAGUAGAGGCGCUGGUACGAGUGGUGUGUGCAGAUUUUGUGGUGCCACUGGAACAUCAGGAUUGCUUGCUAUUGGAAAUGUUUGCGCUGAUCAAGAAUGCCAAGAAUAUUCAAAAACCGCUUGCAUCAAAUUGCUCAACUGUGGUCACAUGUGUGGGGGAACUCUAGAUGAGACAGAGUGUUUACCAUGUCUUCACGGCUGUAGCAAAGAUCCAAACCUACGUCAAGAUGCUGACGAUAUGUGUAUGAUUUGUUUCACUGAAGCACUUUCGUGUGCUCCUGCAAUACAACUCCAAUGUGGUCAUGUCUUCCACCUCCACUGUUGCAAAACAGUAUUGAUGAAAAAAUGGACAGGACCCAGGAUAACAUUCUCAUUUUCUCAGUGUCCGAUAUGCAAGAAAGAUAUGGAGCAUCCUAACCUAGAGGAAUUGCUGGAACCCAUCAAAAAAUUAUUGAAAGAUGUGAAGAGAAAAGCUUUGAUGAGAUUGGAGUACGAGGGUCUACAUACAGUAGAAGCAGUAGGCACUCCUGGAACAAGAUUUUACAAUGAUCCUGCUUCAUAUGCAAUGGAUAGAUACGCUUACUACGUUUGCUUCAAGUGCAAUAAGGCAUAUUAUGGAGGGGAAGCUCGAUGUGACGCUGAAGUUGGAGAAAAUUAUGACCCCAUGGAACUAGUUUGCGGUGCCUGUUCUGACGUGGCCAGAGCUCAGAUGUGUCCAAAACAUGGCACUGAUUUUCUAGAAUACAAAUGCCGUUAUUGCUGUUCAGUCGCAGUAUUUUUCUGCUUUGGCACAACUCAUUUCUGCAAUCCUUGCCAUGAUGAUUUUCAAAGGGUUACCAAUUUGGCCAAAGCAGAAUUACCAAGUUGUCCAGCAGGUCCUAAAGCCAAGCAACUAGAAGGAGAUGAAUGUCCUCUCCAUAUAAAACAUCCACCAACAGGAGAAGAAUUUGCACUUGGUUGUGGAGUGUGCAGAAAUGCACAUACAUUUUAAAAAUUGAAUAGAAUAUAAAUGAUUUUAGUUAAAUAUGAUACCCCCUAGUUUUAACUUUUUGAGUAGUUGUGAUAUUCAGUAUUUAUAUAUCUAUUAAAUUAUACAGCACUUGG